AUGCAUGCCCUACGCGCGUACGGCAAACGUGCCGGUGAUGCGGGUGCCGUCUAUGACGGUGAUGCGUAUACACUGUCGUCGACCUUUGAGCGGGACUCUGGCACUCUUACUCUGUACGCGACCUACCCGCGAAAAGCAAACCGCCACGGCGGGUCGGAGUAUAUUAUGACGACUAUUGAUAGCUGGUCGAUGAAAGGGAAUAUGGAGAGCUGGGAGAGGGCUAUAACGGCGUAUCGGAAUGCGCGUGACUGGGCAAGAGAGAAAAGGGAGGAGGCAAUCGGGGAGGCGAACGAGAGGGUCUCUGCUGGGGAUAGUACUCGUACUCGUAUUACUCGUUCUACACUGAGGAGUCAUGCUGCUAAGGCUGAUGAGGGAGAGGCCAACCAGAUCGGACCGGGAUCAUAG